UGACUAAAUACUUUUUUGCCCCACUGUAUGCCAGCAUUGACCCUUAUGUCCAGGCUGUUUCUUCUAUACAUGAGCCCAAUUGUUGCUGAUAAUGAUAUGAUGAUGAUAUGAAUAGGCCUAUUCCUUUUCUGUCACACAGCUGAUUUUAGGCCUGUCCAGCAUUUUAUUUGCGGAAAGAUCAAGCAAAUUUUCCUUGGAAAUUGAAAACGUACUGUGCAAUUUGUUGUAACCAUAGAACUUUUAAACGGUUACCCAAGUUUCUAAAAAUGUUUAGUGUACACUUUUUACUCAAACAUUUAAAAACAUGUUAAGCAUAUACAACGGCCCGCUUUCAAAUAGGUUUUUUCUCAAGUAUGCUAAUACAGUUAUGUAUUGUACAGCACUAUAACAUCAAUUCUGAAUACUUUCAGCCCCACUGUAGCAGCUUCUCCAUAGACCGUAGUACAGUGAUUGCUGUGGGAGGCAGCCAGCAGAUCGUCCCUCCUCCACAACCACUGCAUAUUCCCAUCCCAAAGUGGAAUACAACUCCGGUUGAACAUCCUCCAGACAGCAGUGAUCAAGCUGGUGAGGAAUUCCUGAGAUGCAUCGCAACAAACAAGCCUUUGCCAGACUAUCUCAAAGGGAACAUGGCAUACAACCUGGCUGAAGCUUUUAAAUCGGCAAGUGUCCUGAAAGAAGCAAUGAAAUCAAAUCCUGAGUUCCAGAAGAAUACAUCCAGGAGCAGAAGCCGCAGUCGAACCCGCGGAAAAUCUCGAGCCAAGAGCCGUGCAAGAAGCAAAAGCCGUUCGCCAGACCAAAGCGGACGGAGCAAAAGUCGUGCUCGGGGCAAGAGUCGGCCAAGAAGCAAGAGCAGGGCAAGAAGCAAAAGCAGGGCGAGAAGCAAAAGCAGGGCCCGCAACAGAAGUCGUAGCCACAGUCGAAGCAAGAAGAGUCAUGUGCGGAGCAAGAGCCGGGUCAGGAGGUCAAAGUCACGAAGCAGCAGUGCUGAAAGGAGGCAUGGAAAAGACAAAAAGAGAAAGAGGAGCACCAGCCCCAGCUUUGGCAGCAGUGUUGGCAUCAGUCAUAAUCUGACGGAAAAUAGUCUGUUAAAAGGACUGAAGCUGGUCAUGAACAGCAAAGAACUGGAGGAGCGGAUGCCCACUCUCAAAGAUGCCAUACUUACUAUUCAGGUAUGGCUCCUCAUCCAUUUUCUAAAAUGCUCUGUGUCAACCAGCACAAAAACUGGGAUUUAUGAAUAA